AUGGAAGUCAAUAUUAAAAAAGCAGCUGAAACAUUUUUGAGUUUCUAUCUAGCAUGCUUAUUCUGGCUGAUUGCGACUUGUGUAUGAUAUCUUUAUUGCUUAUGAGAAAUAUUUUAUAGGCUCUUACAUUUGGCUUUUAAAAAAUUUCCACAUUAUGUAAUGAUCUUUAUAGGAUGCUUAUUUUCUUGUUUUAGAUGUAAAAGAAAAGCAAAAAGAAAAAAUCAAAAUUCUUACAGCAUGCCCGAGCAAUAUAGGAAACAAGGGAUUCCAAAUUAUGGAAGCACCUGCUAUUUAAAUUCAAUAAUACAGAUAUUGUCUAGUACGAAUGAGUUUGCUAGUUCAAUAAAAAAUUGUUUUGGGCUAUCAGAUAUUUUUGACGAUUUGAGAUCUCCAAAUCAUGAUUUUGAGCCUAAAAUACAGAAUUUCUUAUUAAAGCUAAGCAAGGAGCACGAAAUGGUAAUUUUAGUUCAGUUUUCUUUGGGAAAGCAAAAUGAUUGUAAAGAGCUCUACAAUAUUCUUAUUGAAACUCUUGCAAAAGAAAACUCAGAUGCAGAGAAUUUCUUUAAGAUUGUUAAAUACCAAAAAAUAAUAUGCAGCAUGAACCAUAAUCAAGAAAAACCUGAGACUUCUUAUUUUCUUCUUUAUCCAAAAAGCGCUAAUUCGAGCUUAGGCUCAUAUUUAAAAGACUUAAAAGAUAAAGCAGAUGAAUUUAAUGAGAAUAAUCCUUUAUUUUGCGAAAAAUGCAAUUGCUUAAGAGCUACAACAAUUAAGAUCGUUUCUUUAGAGCUGCCACAAAUAUUGGCAGUCUAUUUACCAGGGAAACCAUUUAAAAGCAUAAAAUCAGUAGAAAGUAUUAAUUUUGAAGGAAAAUAUUAUGAGCUCUAUGGAGUAAUUUGCUAUUUUGAGCAUAAAUAUUCUAGCCAUUAUAUAGCAUGCACACUAGAUGAAGAUGGCAAGUGGAGAGAGUAUAACGAUGCUUUUGCUACAGAGAAAUGCCCAGAUAUGAAGAAUGCUUAUAUGCUGUUUUAUAGGGUUAAAAGCAAAUAG